AUGUCCGAUCAAUUCAUUAAGAUAGGAAAUGAAAAAGGUCUAAAUGCUUACUUGCUACCAUACUCAGCAACCAUCGCUCGCAUCACUUUUCCGGACAAAAACAAUGUUCAAACGGACUUGAUUCUUGGAUUUGAUACACCUAAAGAAUAUGAAACGGACACAUUCUACAUGGGACGAACCAUUGCUCGUGUUGCUAAUCGCAUUCGAAAUGCGACGUUUGAAUUUGACGGCAGGGUCUAUCACCUUCCGCCCAACAAUGGAUCGCAUUUCAUACACGGUGGCUCAAAAGGCCCAUGCUUCAAAACAUGGGAAAUUGUUCGAGAUUCACCGGAAAGUGUGUCGUUUAGCUGCAAAGUUGAAGAACUCGAAGAUGAUUUACCAGGAAACGCCAAAAUUGAUGUGACAUACACAAUAAACGAUAGAAAUCAAAUAAUUGUUGAACAUUACGCGACUUGCACAAAACCUGGAAUAUUGGCAAUUACAAAUCAUGCGUAUUGGAAUUUAGAUAAUUCGGAAACAAUAUUGGAUCACUAUCUCGAAUCAGAAGCCGCCGAAUAUGUCGAAACUGAUGAGACUGCUUGCCCGACUGGAGCGAUUCUUUCUGUAACUUCAACGAAUUACGAUUUUCGAAAGGCGAGAAAAUUAAGAUCAAUUGCGAACAAUGAUUCUGCUGUUUUGCUGGAUAAUGAUCUUGUGCUCCCAACGGUUUCUCCAUCUGUUGUGCCUCGAACUCAUUUAAGAUUUUGGUCUGAAAAAUCGGGAAUCGAAAUGGCUAUUGUGACAUCUUAUCCAGUAAUUCAUCUUUACGCUGGAUAUUAUUUAAAUGGGGCCGGAAGAAAUGGAGAGAUUUAUUCCAAAAACAAGGCUCUGGCAAUUGAACCGCAAUUUCAUUCAGCAGCUCCAAACUUUAGUCAUUUUCCGGAUGUUUCUUUACGCCCAGGACAAAAUUAUUCUCAAGAAAUUGUAUAUACUUUUUCUCAUAUUUAA